AUGAGGCUGAGCGUACGCGAGGGGGACAAGCUGCGCCUGCACGCAGCAGGGGCGCUGGCGCAGAAGCGGCUGGCACGCGGAUUAAAGCUCAAUUACCCUGAGGCGGUGGCUCUAAUCGCCACGCAGGUGCUGGAGUUUAUUCGAGAUGGCAAGAGCGUUGCAGAGCUCAUGGACCUCGGCAAGCAGCUUCUGGGAAGGCGCAACGUGCUGCCAGCGGUGCCAGUGCUGCUAGACGUGGUGCAGGUGGAGGGAACCUUCGCGGAUGGCACCAAGCUGGUGACCGUGCACCACCCCAUCAGCCGCGAGGACGGUGAUCUCUCCCUCGCUCUGCACGGCUCGUUUCUGCCAGUCCCCUCGCCUGACCUCUUCGCCACGCCUGUCACCACCACGCCGCUAAGUGGCUCCAGCGUACCGGGGCAGAUCAUAGUGGCAGAGACGGGCCCACUGCUGCUCAACGCUGGCAGGGCUGCCGUGCGGCUCAGUGUCAGCAGCCGCUGCGACAGGCCUAUUCAGGUGGGCAGCCACUACCACUUCGUGGAGACCAAUCCGCUGCUCUUCUUCGACCGCCAGCUGGCGUACGGUUACCACCUCAACAUCCUCCCCGGCACUGCCGUGCGCUUUGAGCCUGGCGAGACAAAGCAGGUGGUGCUGGUGGCGAUGGGCGGCAAGAGGGUGAUUCGGGGCGGCAACGGGAUAGCGAGCGGGCCAGUGGACGAGAGCAGGGCGGCCGAGGUGGCUGCUAAGGCCAUUGCCAUGGGAUUCGGCCAUGUGCCCGAACCCAACGCAACCAAGGGAGUGGUGGGGACGGACGAGGCCCUCACAGUGCGAGUGGAGAGGGAGCGGUACGCGGACGUGUUUGGCCCUACAGUGGGGGACAGACUGCGGCUGGGAGACACAGCGCUGGUGGUGGAGGUGGAGAGAGACUUCACAGUGCUGGGCGAUGAAUGCAAGUUCGGAGGGGGGAAGGUGCUGCGCGAAGGCAUGGGGCAGGCGACGGGAGUGAAGGCAGUGGAUGCACUGGACGUGAUAAUAACGAAUGCGCUUAUAGUGGAUCACUGGGGCAUAGUGAAGGCGGACGUGGGCAUCAAAGGCACACGCAUCGCAGGCAUUGGGAAGGGAGGCAACCCGGAUGUGAUGGAUGGGGUGGACGAGAACAUGGUGGUGGGGGUGACGACAGAGGUGAUAGCAGGCGAGGGGCUGAUUCUCACAGCAGGAGGCAUCGACACCCACGUGCACUUCAUCUGCCCCCAGCUGGCGGAUGAGGCCAUUUGCAGUGGUCUCACCACACUGGUGGGAGGAGGUACGGGUCCGGCACAUGGCACUCUGGCCACCACGUGCACGCCAUCCCCCGAUGCCAUGGCGCUCAUGCUACAGGCCACGGAUAACAUGCCUCUCAACUUUGGGUUCACGGGGAAGGGCAACACGUCCAGCCCUGAGGGCCUGGUAGACAUCAUCAAAGCAGGAGCCAUCGGGCUGAAGCUGCACGAGGACUGGGGCACCACGCCUACAGCCAUUGACACGUGCCUGGGCGUGGCAGAGGAGCAUGACGUGCAGGUGACGAUUCACACGGACACUCUGAACGAGUCGGCGUGCGUGGAGCAGACCAUCGCUGCCUUCAAGAACCGCACCAUCCACACCUACCACAGCGAGGGAGCAGGGGGCGGGCAUGCGCCGGACAUCAUCAGCAUCUGCGGGGAGAGCAACGUGCUGCCCUCCUCCACCAACCCCACUCGCCCCUUCACCACCAACACCAUAGACGAACACCUUGACAUGCUGAUGGUGUGUCAUCACCUGGACAGCAACAACAGGGAGGAUGUUGCCUUCGCAGAAUCCCGUAUCCGGGCCGAGACCAUUGCAGCAGAGGACAUACUGCAUGACAUGGGAGCCAUCAGCAUGAUGUCAUCUGACUCCCAAGCCAUGGGUCGCAUUGGCGAGGUCAUCACCCGCACCUGGCAAACCGCGCACAAGAUGAAAGUGCAGCGCGGGCCUCUUAACGAGGAUAAGGACCCUGGGUUUGGCACCGCUCCGAAUGAUAACUUCCGGGUGAAGCGAUACGUGGCGAAGUAUACGAUUAAUCCCGCGAUCGCGCAUGGGUUUUCGCACAUGGUAGGGUCCGUGGAGGUGGGGAAGCUGGCGGAUCUGGUGCUGUGGCGGCCGGCGUUCUUUGGAGCGAAGCCGGAGAUCGUGGUGAAGGGGGGAGCGAUCGCGUGGGCGCAGAUGGGCGAUGCUAAUGCCAGCAUUCCCACUCCAGAGCCGGUCAUCAUGCGACCGCAAUUUGCAGCAAGCGGCAAGGCAGUGGGGGGACGCUGCUUGGCGUUCGUCAGCCAGCUGUGCCAUGAGUCAGGAUCAGCAGCAAAUCUCGGUCUUUCCAAGACCCUCACCCCAGUAUACAACUGCCGCAACCUCUGCAAGGAGGAUAUGAUCCACAAUGGCGCCCUCCCAACCAUCCACGUGGACCCUGAGACCUACCAGGUCACCGCUGACGGGGCGCCGCUGACGUCCAAGGGGCCGGGUCAGGAAACGAGCAGCAUGGAGCGGGAAGGCGAGGAGGACAAGGGGCCAACAGCUUCCCCUCCGCCCCUGCCAUCGGACUGGGCGGUGUGGCAGCUGCUGGACUCGCUGCUGCCUGCUGGUGGCUUUGCUCACUCGCUGGGGCUGGAGGCAGCAGCACGAGCAGGCUUCCUUGGUGGCGCAGGGAGAGAGCCGGUUCUUCAGCCAAUCGUGGCGCGACACAUGGCACGUGGCGCGUUUGGUGAUGCCCUGGCAGUGGCCGACAACUGUUUAAACGCCAUGCUAGCGAAUGACGUGGCACGCAAGGUCUCCCUCUCUCAGGGCUCUGCCUUGCUUCGAGUCGCCUCCACAGUCUUCCCCGAAGCCUCUCCCUUGCUUUCGACCUAUCGCACGAGGACACGUCAGCAGGGUCAACCGAGUCAACCCAGUCAACCUUCUCAAACCCCCUCAUCUCCUCGGGCCUACGGCCACCACGCGGUGAUAUUUGGAUCCCUCUGCGGGUGCCUCUCCAUCCCCCUGCCCUCCGCCCUGCGAGGCCUCGUCUACUGCGCUCUCAGGGACUGCCUGUCUGCUGCCACGCGGCUCAACCUGAUUGGCCCGCUGCAGGCUGCGGGGUUGCAGAGGGAGAUGGUGAGGGAUGCUGAGAGGAUAGUGGCAGACGUGGGGGGAUGGGAUGGGGCCGGUGGGGAGAAGGAUGGUGGCAUCAAUGCUGUUACAGCCAUACCAUUUUGUAUGGAUGCGGCAUGUCAGGUGGGUCCCAUGGUGGAGAUCAUUCAGGCAGGGCAUGCAGCACUCACCAGCAGACUCUUCCUCUCUUAA